GGAGCAUAAUAUUUACUCGACAGCGGGGAGAAGGUGAACCGGGCGGCGGAGAGCCAUGGGUGGGGGGGAGGAGGAGCAGCAGCAGAAUCCCCUCAGAGACAGGAAGCGGAGGGAGGGGACAGGCGAGAGAGCGAGAAAUGGCGCGAGCGAUUGGCCCAAGCGCUGAACCAAUGGCGGGCCGCGGCUUUUUGGCGGAGAGAGGGUGGUAACAUGCAACGGGCGCCGGCCAAUCGUCGGCGCCGUGUGUAGCCUGGCGGGCCAAUGGGCGUUCGGCUCGCCCCUCCCACCUCCUUCGCCGAUUGCUUCAGUGUGGCGGCGGCGGCGGCGGGGAGGGGAGUCGAUAGAAUCUCGUCGAUAACGGAGCUUCUUCACCCUGCCGCCCCUCCCCCCACCCUCUUGGCGGUCUCUCUACUCCCGCCCGCCCCCCAGCUAGGAAUGGGGGUCGGUGGGUGAGUGAGAGGAGCUCUGAAGCGCUUCCAAAGGCGCCGAUGGUUAAACGGGCGCUUGUCAAUGUAGGCGCCUCGUUUCGUUAUUGUCUUCUAAAGCUCUCGUUGGUUGUUUUUCCCCCCCUCAGAACAACAACAGCAGCAACAACAGCCUUCGGAACAUGGGGCACCUUGGCUGAGGGAUAAAGUCUCUCGGGCGGCGCUGGCGCUGGCUGAGCCUCCCUGCCUCACCCUCGGCACUCCGUGGGGUGGGGGGCAGGCGUGGAGAGGGUGAAAAGUGGGGGGGCGGCGGCAGGGGGGUGCUCUGUGAGGAAAUGGAGGGACCCUCGGAAGAAAUGGAAGGAGCUCCCGGGCGCUCCGCGGAAGAAGCGGACCCGUCUCUCUUCACCGUCAAACACGAGCUGAAGAACGGUGAGUAGUAGGGGAGUGCUCUUGAAAGGAAGGUCUGUUGGGGGGGUGAAGAGGCGCGAAAUGUGGGGCUGGGAAGGAAGGGAAGCGCGCGAAGAUCCCCGUGAAACUCGGAGGGAGGUUAUUGGGAGGGGGUAUCAGGGAGUGUUUGUUUCCGUGUGCCAAAGUGAGCUGCGCGUGAGGUGGUAAGGGAGGGGAGAGAAACGGGGGAAGUGGGUCGCCGAGGCGCCUCGGGGCAGCUCUGGAGGAGGACGCUGCUCGAUGGGGCUAAGGAAGGGGCGGCGACUAAGGCCCGCAGAAGAAGGGCUCGGGGGAGAACUGGGGAGCGCGGGGAGAGGGUUUGGGGUGGGAGGUUGGGGAAGCGGGACGGGGAGAAGGGCUCGGUUGCAGCGCCGGACGAGGGGGAAGUGUUUGGCGGCGGGCGAGUGGCAGCUGCGGGAAAGCGGCGAGCGAUGUCAGGAGGAGAGAGACCUGCCGAGGCGGGUACAUACUUUGGUGAACGGAGGUCUGGGAAAGAUGCCUCCUCCUCACCCAUCUCCUUGCUGCGAGUUUUGGCAGCGGUCUUCGUAGGAAAUCGCCCAGGGCAUUUGCAGUUUCCUCCCCUAGAUUGCCCUGAUUCUUCUGUUGCUCAAAAACGCUGCGCUUUAUUGUUAUGCACACGAUAUUUCUGGUAAAGAAACGUUUCUCUCACUCAUUCCUCACCAUGCAUUAAUAUUGUUACGAUGGCAGUUGUUGUUGUUUUAAACCUAGGAGCCAACUUGUAUGGGCAGAGGUCCACUGCCCCCCCAAUAAAAUAGUUGAGGGGCCCAGGCCCCUCCAAAGUUCAUGAACAUUUCCAUUCAAAUAGUGUGUGUGUGUUGUGUCAUGUGAUCGGUUCUGCAGUGUGGGGGCUUACCUGCCCAAUAUUUUAUUCAAGUUGGCACCCCUGGUUUUAAAUAGCUUUCCUGGUAAUAUAGGGUGCAAUCCUAUGCAGGAGGGGGAUGUGUGGCCCUCCAGAUGUUGUCCACUGAGCUCCUGUUAUACUUGGACUGUUGGUGAUGCUGCUUGGGGUUGGUGUGGAAUAGAUCCCAACAACAUUUCCAAGUCCACACAUUCCCCAUGCCUGCUGUGCAUACUUACAUAGAAGUAAGUCCCAGCGAACGUAUGCCAUUAGUGGAGUAACUGCUGAACCUCACAGUACUGAAUGGGUACCUCCUCAGUUACUAUGAAUUGCACAUAUUAUGGAAGAUGAGGCAGUUAAUGCAAUGAAAUCAUUAAAGCCCGAUAAAGCCCCUGACAUAGGUGACUUGAUAGCUGAAUACUACAAAUUGUACAUGAACUUUCUAAAGAAAUCACUAGCAGAUAAACUGCAAAAGAUAGAGAAGAUGUUGAGGGAUGGGGAAACUCUGUCUCAAAACUGUAAUGUGGAUGUUGCAUCUUAAUGUCCUGUGUCAUCUAAGCCUAAUGAAAUUAAAACUGACAAAUUAUCAGGUCCGGAUGACACGCAUCUGAGAGUUAUCAAAAAAUCAAAUGUGAAAUUGAGGAUCUUCUGAUAACAUAAUGUAAUGUGUCCCUCAGAUCAGCCUCUGAACCUUUGGAUUGGAAAGUAAGGCAGUGUGACACCAGUUUUUAAAAAGGGUCCUGGAAAUUACAAGCUUAAUGCCUGUCCUGGGAAAACUGGCUGCCCUUUAUGUUGGAGGCACAGCAAUAAUGGAUAAGAUCAGGUUUAUAGGUAGAUAGAUAUUGAAGAGGUGCAAGAGUGCCAUGUUUUUGGAAUAGAAUGUCAAGUUAGAAAAAUGGCACGUUCUGUGAUCAGAAAUGGAAUUGUGGAGGAAUAUGAGGGAAUACUUUGGUGUGGGAGAGGGGGGUGAACCAGAGGAAAACAAAUGCUUGGUAAGAAUUAACUUACCAAGGAAAUGAUUUAGGCAUUGGUUUCAGAUCUCAUCUCUACUUUGUACUCAUUUAACUUCCUUAGGCAAGUAACUUGUUUUUAUCUAGAUAAUCUUGUUUCAGACAGUGAUGAGCCAAAUGUUCUGAGCAGCUCCCAAGCAGAGCAUGAGAAAACGGGUCUUCUGUUGUAUAUAUCCAGUGGCUGGUAACUGAAAUGAUACUGUUUCUGAAUUUACAGCAGUGAUGGGGAACUUACCUCCAUGCAUACCUCUGCAGGCCAUAUUUGACAGGUGGGCAGGACCACCCAGCUGUCAAACACCUGAUGUAACAAUGAAGUCAGGGGACCUUUUCUGACCCCAUUGCGAUGCUGUUUGAAAUGAAAACAUAGGGGCAAAAAAGUUGUGUGGCACUUCUCAGUCAUCAACAAAAAGGUGAUUGUGAGUGCUGGGGAAGCACUAUGCACUGCACUACCCAAACAUUGACAAUCAGCUGGUUGUCAGGGCUGGGGAAGCCUUGUCUGUAAUUCUUCCCAAGUGCUCACAAUUGAUGGCGCAUGGGAAGUACUACACAAGAGGUUUGUAGACCCUGCUGAUCAGCUGAACAACAGUGUCUGCAAAGCCCAUUUUGCCCCAGGCCUUCCUUUGCUUGCCCCACACCUGAGUUCAUAUAUGACACCAGGUGUUGAGCAGGUGAGCUUUGCUCGGCUGAAACAGCCUCUUAGGCCACAUGGGUUUCCCACCGCUGACUUGGAGAUUUCAUUUAGUUAUCACAGCUAAUGAGGAGGGUUUCAAGGGUGGAAUAGGUAGAAGCUGCUCUGGUUGACUAGAGCCAAAGGACGGUGUGAUGGGAAUGUGUGGAGGAAAAGUAAAUAGGUGUUUCCUUACAAAACCUGACUUCCAUGCCAAUGGUUUUCUGCUACCAUUUAAUAUUACUUAUACCCAUUACAUUCUUAACUUACCAGUAACUGGUAGUUGAGGGAAAUAAGCAUGGUACAAAGUUAGUUGGAUAGAGUUACUAUAUUUAACCAAUAUAUUAGUGUUUAUUAGGAGAUUACACAGUACACAAGCUUAAUACAGUACUGUCUCUUUAAAUGGGUAUAUGCCAUGUUAACUAGUUAUUAGCACUUUAAAUAUCUACAGUAAAGGGUUUAGGGAGGUGGGAGAUAAAGUGAUCAGACAAGCAGUUCUACCCAGUUUUGAUCAUUUUCAGAGCAUUUUUUAAUAAUAGUUGGCUCAGUACUUGUAUUACGUCCUCCUUUGUGUGUGUGAACACUAACAAUAUAGUAUGAGAUCUUCAGUUUUUAAAAAAGUGCCACCAUCUUAAACAAUGUUUACUUUUAUUGUUGUAUUCUGCUGUAUGUUGCCACUGAGAACAUAAAGUAUCCAAAUAUACUAUCUACUUAAGACGAGUUGACACCUGCUUUUCAUUUUUAAAUUUCUACUUUAUCUCCUUACUUUGUGACUGUUAUUCAUCCUGACAGAUAAGCCAGCUAAAUCAAGCAGAAAUUGGAAGGAAACCAUUGCAAAAACUCCCUGAAUGUUUCUCUCUUUUUUGAAAUGAUUAUUAAUGCUUCCCUCAAAACGGCUGCUAGGGAGGGAUUUGUUUAUAGUGCUUCAUUUUCUUUUUACUGCUUCUCCCUCCUUUAUCCUGUGCUUGAUUCCUGCCUAAAAUCUUGCAUAAAAGCACAUUUUACAGUAUGUCACUGAUUAAAUUCUUGACACAUUAGUCCCAGCAAGAGUGUAGGCAUCUUGUAUAGCACUGUGGCACACCUUGAAUUAAACAUAGAAUAAAGCCUUCUGGUUUUUCAUAGAUGCUAGGCUGCUGCUAAUGGACAUGAUGUACUUCUGUAAUGGCAUACAGCUCAUACUCAUUACUUUUAGUUUAUUCAUGCAAAUGAAUAAAAUGGAUAGGUUUAGCAAGUAGGGUUAACAAUGCUUUGUUCAUAUUCAUCCCAGCUACUUCAGGUAUUGCCUCAAAAUCACAAUAAUUUGUUAUUCAAAUAAAUAGUUCUUUAUGUUUUAUUUUACAUAUAUGAAUAUAUGUAGAUAUUGCAAGAAAGAAUCACAUCUAAGAAAAACAUAUCUUUUUCAAUUCAGCAUGGGCAUCCAGUUGUUGUUACAUUGGUUAGAAAAACAUUGAAGUCUCAUUUUGAAAGGCAAAUAAACUUCACAGUCUUUCUUUUGUAGUGUUUCCUCAGAUGUGGUAACUCUUCAGUUUUUCAUGUGGUAACUGUUUCACACCAACCAUUUCCUAUGUAAAAAUGUGAUAAAACCACAGUGUUAGAACCUGACCACUUCAGAAAUAAAUGUGAAUUAGCUCUGUUACGAUCUGUAAUAAAGAGCCCCUGAAAUCAUGCCGGUUUUUCUCGCUGGACCUAGUUAGUUGCACAUAGUUCCCAUUUGAAUCUCGCUGAUUUAAACUGAAAUUAAAUCUAACCAAAUAGGUCUGGAUGCAACCCAUAAUUUCUACAACAUGUUAAAAUGACCCAUGUUUCAUUUCCUUCAUAAAUAAAAACAGUCACUCAAAUAGCAAACUUGGAUAGUGAGUGCCUGUCAGUUUAGUAGUGACAUGUGGCCACCCAAAAACUAUUGUAUACUCCCAAGUAGUGUGGGGGGGUGCAUUAACUUGUAAAUUAUGAUAACAGUGUUAAAAGAACAAAAAGGGUUGUGAGCUUCCAGGGCCUAUGGUGUGUUAGGGGGUUUCACUUGAGUGUUGCGGGGAAUGGCUUGCUCAAACCCUUAAGUUGAUUAGAAUUUAUAGGAUGCAUUUCACAGCCAAUAUCCCAGCUGCUAGUGCUGCUUCACCAAGAUGCCAUGCCCUUGAAAAAGGGGGAAGUGGACAGGAGGGACUAAGUUUAUUUCACAGGCAAAAUUCAAUGCCUCUGAACUUGACCCUUUUCUCUUGAGGAAAGGAGAUAAAAGAUGGGAUGCAGAAUGUGUGUGUAGGUUUUGAGAAUGUCAGGAAGCAGUGGUUUUCUCCCCUCUUUUUUCUGGUGGGGCGGGGUGGUGUCAAAAGCUCAAGUAAUGUUCCAUUAUUAGUUCUGCAUCUAUAAAAGAGUUGGGAGGAGAGGCAGCAAACAAGAAGAGAUGGGAACUUUUGUUUUCCCACAUCCGUCUACAUCAGCAGCUGUUGGCAGCAGCAGAACUUGUUGUGAAUGUUGUGAUGUCUCAACAUAAGCUAAGUUUUAAUAUUAUUUAUUCAUUUAUAAUACAAAAUGGCUUCUAAACAGUUUUAAUACAAUGCGGUUUGGGGUCUAGACAUCUAGUAGCUAUUGUUGAUAGCAGCUGACAACAGCCGUGACCUGUUUGUUCCUUGUUUUGUGUUUGUGUGUUAAACAACGCUAGUAAUUUUACACUGAAAUAUUUUUGUGCUUUCUUAGCAAACUUGACUGGUCAUGUAGAGAAGGUGGGCAUUGAGAACUUUGAACUGCUGAAAGUUCUUGGGACAGGAGGUAAGAAUAGGUCCUCUUUGCUAAUUAAAUAUGAAAAUAUUAAAACAAUUGUUAAGUAGGGUUUUUUUUUUAUUAAAAAUAUCUUAAGUUUAAUGACUGCAUACACAAUAUGUUAAAUGUAACGUGCUCUUGUUAGGGUUCCUGCGAGGGACCAUUAUCCUUUUCAGGAUAUCCUAUUCUAUUCACUUCCCCAUACCCUGUUUUUUCUCUCAAUAGCAGUAACAAGUAGGACUGCUUCUUUACCCUUCCACCAGAAGUGCUUCCAGACAAGCUGUCCUCCAAGUUAUACCAUCCGUUCCCCUUUUUUUCUUCUUCCAGACUUACACUCAGUAUUAUAUGGCUGCUGAGAAUGCUGAAUACUUAUUGGGUUGUUUUCCACUGUAGGUUUUUUUUUUUUUUAAAUCUGCUUCUGCAAACCUUGGGUAUCCCCCAUGUAUUCUGACAUCUCCCUUUUCUCAUUUUUCCAUUUCUAUUAUCACUUUUCACUCGAAUUCAGUAUUAUUUCAGUCAACAAGGUAUAGAAAUGCCAUUGAGUUCAGAGAUUCCAAUAAUUAUCUUUCUAUGUGUAUAGGGUUGGAAUUACCUUGAUUUAGGUACUUUGCUCAGUUGUGAAGAUGGGAAAGUGAUAGGAAUUGAAUGCUAUGGUAUCCAAUUACUCGUACAAAUAUCUGUUGUUUUUUGAGUAUUUUAUACUGUGCCAUAUGUUUGUUUUUAGCUUAUGGGAAGGUGUUUCUAGUCAGGAAAAUAAGUGGUCAUGAUGCUGGCAAGUUAUAUGCCAUGAAGGUUUUGAAAAAAGCAACAAUAAUUCAAAAAGCCAAAACAACUGAACAUACGAAGACUGAACGGCAGGUACUAGAACACAUCCGACAGUCACCAUUUUUGGUGACUUUGCAUUAUGCGUUUCAGACAGAUGCAAAGCUUCAUCUCAUUUUGGGUAAGUUUUAAUAUAACAACGAAAUAUUUUCACUGAAACAAAACAACAACAACUAACAUUAAAGUUCAGUGAUUCCAUGUUAAGAGUGCCAGGCCAGUCAAUGGUACAAUAUAAUAAAUAUCCAAAGAGUUUACAAACUGAAGAAUAUGCUUUUAAAAUUAUUUAUUCUUAUCAUGGAUCUAUAAGGUUGUAUUCAACAUGCUCAAAGCAGACCAACUGAAAUCAAUAGACAACUUUUUCUUUGAUCUGAAAGCAAGUCACAUUAGAAAAUACAAACAUUCAUGUGUUAUGUGUGUUAGAUAUCCUGAUAAUGUUAGAGGAAGCAACCGGGGUUGUACUGAGAAGACAGAGGGUGGAAGAGUAAGGGGUUGGCUUGUGGUUCUAUGCUGGAAUGGAACACAGUUACACUGGAGCACCUCUGAUAAUCCAACGAGCUGCUAGUUGUUAGCUUUAAGCCAUUUAUAAGUACCUUCUGACAAAUCAGAAGGAGAUGUGUGUUGAAAUUGUAUUUAUGCAGGCUACCAACUGUGUGGCAGCUUAGAUAAGUUUUCUCCCUUCAGUGCUGACAUGCCCCACUUCAGGUUCAUGAAUGUUAACACAUCUAGACAAGACUAUAAUCCUGCUCCCCGCCUCCCACCCUGCUUUUGAAUAUUUUCCUUUAAUAACACAGCUUGUCAGUUUUGGUUUCCAAUUCACGGCUACAGAUAGUUCAGUUGCAUAACCCUUGUUCAAGCUUCCCUUAUGCCUCUGAGAGAUUUUGGGCUUGUCAGAGGCAAAGAGGGAUCUCUACAAGGUGGUUUUAAUCAAAAUGGGUACCGCUGAAGCGCUUCAUGGCACCUCGGUGAUCUAGACAUUUUUAAAAAAUGCUGCAGAGAAGUGGCUAUUUUCACUUUCAGCAGUUGGGAUCCAGGGAGAAGAGAGAGCAAACGCUAGAGUGAGGAGACUAUGUAGAAGGAGAAUUUCAUUGUGAUUGACUAGUCUAGCUUGUAAUUAGAGAGACUGUGUUUACCAGUGCUCUCAAACUCUAGUGCUUUGAGGGAGAGAAUUUUGCAAAAGUGGAAUUUAUGUAUCUAAAGAAGAUGUCAAGGUGAGAAGUCUGAUGUGACUGACAGGCCAAGUAUAUAAUCCAGGGAUUGGGCAACCAGCAGCCCAUGGGUCAGUCUUGGUCCAUCAGGAAGUCAGAUUUGGCCCAUGAGGCUUGGACCCCUAUGACAACUUCGGCAGCCUCUGAAUUGGUCCAAGCUGAAUCAAGCUAUUUUACAAUCUUGUGGUUCGUGCUCAGCCCUACUCCAAAUUAACCUGUAGUUGAAACUCAAUGGGCUAAUUAGAUUUUUGGAGCUUCCUGAAGGAGAGGGCCCUUCAAAUUCUCUAAUUGUUUCUUUUCCAUUUUAUGUUGCAUCCAGAAUUUUCUCUUCUCACCCAAUUACUCAUGGUUUAUUCAUUUCUAGAAGUUCUUACCUCCUCCCAGCAAUGAGAUAGAAGUUAAUGCAGAGACUUUCACACUGGUUGUGCAUUCUCUGUUCUAAGGAAAAAGAGAGGUUCAAAUUCUAAAACUUCAGUUCCUUCUGUCUUUGCAUCAAGGGUAAUUAAACACACACACAAACUUGCACUCUGGAGGACAAGCUAAUUACAGGACUAUUUAGAUUAGCACUGGUGGAAAGAGGAAAUGAUUAAUGGCACAAGCCAGCAGGAGGAGCUUUUAAAAAGAAGGAAAAAACAGUGAUAAGGAACUGCUACUGUGUUUCUUUUUGGGCUGAUCUGUGGUAGGGGAAAACUUCAUAUGGUUGCUGAGAAAAUAGACUGAUUAGGCAAGGAUGGCAUAAUCCCCACCCCUCUAAAACGUGAGUGAGUGAGUGAGGCAUUGUCAUCCCAUGUUAAAUGCCUGGAAGAAUCCUUUGAGGGAAGAAAUGGAACUCUGGGUUAAGCACCCUGGUGGAGUCAUUUCUUUUCUAUUACAAAUGGUUGUCUCAGAGCAGCUUUUCCUUGGGAUCUGUCAGAGUUUUCAUGUAAUGUGUAGUUGGGUUCUUAAAGGUCUGUUACUCUUACUGAGCAAAAUUGAGCAAUUUAGAAUAGAUGAUACUGCUUUCUGUUGUGUGUUUUUUUUAAAAAAAUAAAGCUACAUUAAAUAAUCAACUUCCUGUAUCUUAGAUUACAUAAAUGGAGGAGAACUUUUUACCCAUCUUUCACAGAGAGAGAGAUUUACUGAAGAUGAGGUACGAAUAUACAUUGGAGAGAUUGUGUUAGCACUUGAACACCUGCACAAGGUAAAACUAUGAUUUGAACUUUCCUGAUAAAUUCCAUGUGUUUUUUGAAGUGUGAAAAAGGGGGAAAGAAGACUUGUGCUUUAAACUGUAUAAACAUUAGAGAUGACAAAAUUUAACACGCUGUUUGCAACAGCAUGGGUAAACAUGCCUAUGGCCAGUUGUCUUUCUUUUUUUCCUAAUAGAAUUUAUACAUUGCUUGAUUAUUAAAAAAACCAACACCUCAAAGUGAUUUACAAAAAUAUAACAUUUAGUUUCCUCUAAGAUGGGUUGCUGUGCCAUGCACACCAGAGAUUGUGUGUUAAAACAAACUGGCCUGUUUCAAUACAAGCCAACAGCACCACAAGGCAGGAUCAGGGGAAAUUGCCGUUAAAUGCUAGUGAAAUCCUUCUGGAUACACAGGAGAAAGAGGCAUGAAAGAAUUUCUCUCCAGGUUGUGCAUGUAGUUAUGGAUUAUUCUUAAAUGUGAACCAAUAUUAAGGUUCUUCCUGUGUACAAAAUGCCUCCUUCACCUCCCACCACACAGCAAGUAGCGUGUUAAAUGCAGUAGCUACGUGACAAUGGGCCACUGGUAAAUGCUAUUUGUCUGUGGUUAAUUAUUGUUAACUUCAAACAAGUCAUCUUAAGGUUCUUAGACUAGCAGGUUGAAACUAGCCAUAAGUUUGAGAUCAGGAUGACAUGGCCAGCUAUGAUUAACUAAAAGUAGAACCCAGAUUCCUCCUCUUUGACCAUGCAGGAAGAGGAAAGGGUUGGGAGAAGUAUACAAGUCUGAGGAUCACUGCAGUUUGUGCAUACUGCACUAAACCAUGUUUUAGUGUGAAGCAUGAACCCAGGCCGUGUGUGCAUGAAAUGAGGCUCACCGUAUUUCCCCAUAGCCAUAUUUUGGAUUGUGUCAUAAUUCUGUUAUGUGGGGCGUUGACCUUAAUAAUCAAGAUUUGAGUCAAUAACAUAACGUAAGAGGAGCCUGCUGGAUCAGACCAGUGGCCCAUCUAGUCUAGCAUCCUGUUCUCACAGUGGCCAACCAGAUGUCUUUGGUAAGCAGGACCUGAGCAUCCAGUGGUUUAGAGAUAAAUGCAUAAGCCUCAGGUUUGUGCACCCCACCACUGGCAUGUCAGAAGCAUUUGCUUUCAUUUUCAACUAUUUGUGUUUUGUGUCAUUGUGUAUAAUCUGGGAGAAAUUGUGAUUAGUUUUAACUGUAGAUUAUCAAAAGAAGCCAACUUCAAACUGGUUAAUGAUCCUGCUUUGUAACUGCAGUUCUAGAUUCAGAGAUAGCAACAAACAGUGGUUAAUUGAAAAAGUUUUUCUUUCUAAAUGAAGAAAUGUCAUCAUUUCUCAAAUAUUUAUGCUAUGCUUACUACACGUAGAAAAAGUCUUCUCUAGUCUGCCCAGAAACUUCAGUUCCUGUUUUGACUUACCAAUCAUGCCCAUUUAAUUUAGUUUGCUACUUUGAUUUAAUGUGGGUGUUGCUGGGCCAAAGCAGAGUGAAUAAAAAAUGACCAGCACUACAAAGAAGACAAUAUCGUCCAGUGUGUCAUUUCCUUUAUUCAAUAAACUGUCACACCUGCUAGUUGUAAUAGGAGUAUCUAAAGUAUUUGAUUUAAUAUUGAGAAUUAUUUCUAGAGGUAAGUAGCAUAUUGCUCUAAAAUUAAUAAAAAGCAGGUUAUCUUACAAGCAUACAAAAUAUAUUUCUCCAUUUGGUGUUCUGCUUAUAUGUUAAUAAUUUAGUUGUAAAUUAAUGUCAGAUCUGCACCAUUUUUAAGUAUACAUGUAUGAAGAUUUAUUCAUAGGAAACUUGAUUUAAAUCAGGCCACCCUAUGUAAAUAUAGAGCACAGAUAGGUUUUUUAAUGCUAAUAACCACACCUCAGUGUAUUUAGCAUUCUAAUAAUUAUGAGCAUGCUUUAAUAUGCUUACUAGUAUAUAAUGAAUUAAAUUUCUUUUUUCAGUUGGGAAUUAUAUAUCGUGAUAUAAAACUUGAGAAUAUUCUGCUUGAUUCUGAUGGCCAUGUGGUACUGACUGACUUCGGCUUGAGUAAGGAGUUUGUUAGUGAUGAAGUGAGUAUCUUCAUAUGAAGUGUUUGAACAAGUGAUUGUAUAAAUGAAGUCAGAACAUAAACAAGUUGAAAUAUUAGCUCUCAUUGAAAUCGUCACAUAUGCAUUUGAGCACAGAAUUUGCUUCAUAAGAUUGUUCUCCAAUGGAUCAUAUGUCUACAACAUAGUUUGUAAGCCUACAACAAACCAUGGUUUCACAUUUGUUUCUGCAAGACAAACCAAGAUUGGUCUGCUGGGUUCAAAUACUUAGACAAGCCACACUUUGGCUAAAUCAUGGCUUAGUGUUAUGUGCAAACCAGGAAUUGUCAUUUUACUAGUAAAUACCUACUUUAUCAUUUUUUAAAAAACAGAGUAAUUGUUGAUGGUUUGGCUCCACUUAGGCACCUGGUGUUUUCUUUUUGUGAUGAUAAAUGACAGCAGGCGCUACUUUGGUAGAUCAGAGAAUGUAGGUUUAUAAAAAAUAAAAAUCUUGAUUCUUAUAUGAAAACCUGUGGCCUUCCAGAUGUUGUUGGUCUUAAUCACUCAUCAGCCUCAGCCUGCGUGAUCAACUUAUAUUUAUAAUAUAUGAAGUAGCAUCUAUUCUCAGAGUUGUCAGUUUGGACCGAUAAUAGAGGUGCUAGGAACUGUUAGUCUUUUCUCUUAUCCUCAUUUUGUCUUGUGAUUCUCAUAUCAGUUAGUGUGUUGUGUGCCUUCUUUUUUCCAGAAUGAAAGAGCAUAUUCCUUCUGUGGAACUAUAGAAUAUAUGGCUCCAGAUAUUGUCAAAGGAGGGGAGACAGGUCAUGAUAAGGUAUGCUUUUCUUUAAUAAAGCAUCCAGUGAAGUUUGUAAAACAUUUACUGUAGAUGUUGCUGAGGGAAGGGAAAUGUAGCCCUCUGCUUGUGGCCACUCUUCCCUACUUAUGAACUCACUGCCACCAGAUAAAGGGGGAAAUUAUUUCUAUAAGACUACCCCAGGAUGAAUCAAGUUUCACAAGUUAACCCUAUAAUCCACAAAUGAACAGACAAGAAUGAUGGGCGAUAGACAAAAAGAUACGUAGUCCCAUAUAAUAUGCAACAAUCCAUAAAACAAGGUGCAUCCAGUCAGUCUAGGACAGUAAAGCCCAGAUCCUUCACAUGCGUUAUAAUAAUUUUACUUUCACUUAUAAUUUAUUUCUAUUUUAUAAAUUCAUCUAUCUUGAUUUACCUCUAGCUGUGAAGAUAGCUGUCUGGAUAAUUGUUAUUUCUUAGAAUAAUUGUAUUGGCUUAGUGUAUUUUUCUGCUUUUAUAACUUACAUGAUUAUUUUAUAGGCUGUUGAUUGGUGGAGUCUAGGUGUUCUUAUGUAUGAAUUAUUAACUGGAGCAUCACCUUUUACUGUUGAUGGGGAGAGAAACUCACAAACUGAGAUAUCUAGGUAAGUUAUAAAAUUGGCUGCAAAUUAUUAAACUCCACUUUUAAAGAAAAUAUUAUUUUAUAUAGUCUACAUUUGUUUAACAAUUUGUGGAAACCAGAGUACAAUAAAAGAUGUAGUGUACAAAUACUACAGAGCUUGACUGGAUGUUGUCAGAGUACUUUAUGUUGAGCUUUAGACUUGCAGCAGUGGCUCCAUUUCACAGGUAUAAUAUGCUUAUUAAGAUGGUCCACCCAUGAAUUCUUAUGUCACCGUUGGAUUCCUGAAUGCCCGUAGGAGCUUCUGUAUUAUAUUGCUGAUGAUCCUGUGAAUGUUCUAAUUGAGAAUCCCCUUCUUGGUUGCAGGAUAAAAUAAGCACUAUAAAAAUAAAUCCAUUAAAUAAGCACUGGGUAGAUAUAUCCUUGCUACUUAUCCAGAAAUGAUUUUUUAAAUCAUAUUUAAAUUUUUUCUGGAAGGUAGUAAAAAGUUGAAUACUUAUUUUGAUUUAGGCAUAAAUUCAAAGAGAAGCAGUCUGCCAAUGUUUUUUGAAGUUAAUAAAUGCAAUUUAUUAUCCCUGGAACAUCAGCAUGCAGUGAGUUGCUAGUGCUGGUAUUGAUCCAAGCAGUGGGCUAUGGCACAGAUGGAGGUCAGGGCAAGCAAAUGUAGAGACUCUGAGCAGGCUGUGACACUAAGGCCCAUUGAAAGUGACCCCAGGUCCAAUUCUUGAGAAACACUGCAUUGAUGGGUCAUAUUGAUGCUUCCUGUUGUUGUUGUUUAGUCGUGUCCGACUCUUCGUGACUCCAUGGACCAGAGCACGCCAGGCACUUCUGUCUUCCACUGUCUCCCGCAGUUUGGUCAGACUCAUGUUUGUAGCUUCGAGAACACUGUCCAACAUUGGAUGCUUCCUAGAUAAGGUUUAUUGGCACCACCAUUUCAAAGGGUCUUAGGUAGCAGGACUGGUACUCAAAUCUGGGUAGCAGGAGUCUUUACUCUGACUGCUAGUGGCUCUCCAUAAAGUUUUGGACUAGUCACUAGGUGGACCCAGCUGUCUUGACAAGCAUAUGACAGUUUGUACCACUUUAUGACCACAAUUCUACAUACACUAUCGCCAUGUGGUGAACAUUUCACUACCUUGUUGUGAUUUUCUUCCUGUUCUUCAGGAGAAUAUUGAAAAGUGAACCUCCUUAUCCCCAAGAAAUGACUGCUCUAGCCAAAGAUAUAAUUCAAGGUCUUCUGAUGAAAGAUCCCAAGAAAAGACUGGGCUGUGGUUCAAAUGGUGCUGAUGAAAUAAAACAGCAUCCCUUCUUCCAGGUGAAACAAAACUAGAUAUUGUCUGUUUUUCAUUUUUGCUUUGGAAACAUGUUACUUUUUGUUUAGAAAUAUGUCUGGCAGGCAUUAGAGAAAGGACUGCUAUACUACUUCCCCCUAGCUACGUGGUUCUCUGACAUCACCCUCAGAUCCACCUCAACUCCCCUAUAUGUGAUUCUCUCUCUUUUGGGGGUAUAGUCCUGAGCUGGGUUGCUGCCAGGUGUUUUAAAUCCUCGUUCUUUUCUCUGCCACUACAGAUACCACGUACUUAAAUAAUUGCCAUCUCUAGCAUAGCUGGUCAAGUUGCCUGUGUGUAUGAUGCAGCAAUUAUAUUGAUAACAGAAGUAAUAAAAAGGUUUACAAUUAUUCAUUGCACAGAAGCAUAUGGUUUCAAUUAUGUGCAUUCUUACAUGUUACUUGGGUCCAUGCAAACACUCCAGCCCAAUCUACCCUUCUAAAUAGGCCUAAGGUAAAUCUAAGCAUUUAUCCCCAAACAAUGAUCAGCAACAAUGCUGAUCCUACUGUAUCUUACUAACCUUGCCGCAACCUUCCAAACAUUCUCCCAAGCCAACUGCAGCUGUCUCCCACCAGUAUUCAAAUGCCCUUUCAGAACUCAUAUCCAACUAUUACUCAUUCUGAGCACACAAACCCCUGACCUUAUUUUUACUAUAGUUCACUUAAUGUACUUACCUACAAAUUUAACACAAUAAAUAGUGUUACAUAUUAAUUCCCCAUAAUUACUUUAUUAUUUAUACAAUAUUAUUUAUAUAUAAGGUUUUUUUUGCGGUGGUACAAAAAUGAUGGAAUGUGAUCUCCAGGGACAGCCAUGAAACUCCUCCUCUUCCUGUGUUAAAAAUAAAUAAAUAUUGACACAACUGAAAGAUUCUAAAGUACAAGCAAGCCUUGAUUUAUAUGUGUGACUGUGCACACGCAUAUCGCGCUGAACCCAGAAGUGACUCGAAAACGUCACUAAAAGGAGUGAGGUGGGGGCAGAAUGGGGUGUUUCAAAUAUACACAAUUUCACUUAUAUGUGCGGUGCCUUGUAACAUAACCCCUACGUAAAUUGGGAGUUGCCUGUAAAAAAUAAUUAAAAAUUUCACUCCUAUACACACCUAGCUGGGAGUAAGUCCCAUUAAAAAGAGCAGGCCUUACUUGGGAAUAGACAUUAAUAGGAUUACAAUGUAAGUCAUAGUUAAGAAGGCUGAAGUAAAAUAAGCAAAGAUUGCAAGCACAAUAUGUUAGUUCUGAAGUUUGUGAACAAAGUGGAGAGCAAAGCUUUGGUUGCAUCUUCUGUAUUUAUGCUCAACCACAUUUGCCCAAAGAACAUAUCUGAAGUCUUAGGCUGCAGUUCUAUACACAUUUACCUGGGACUAAGUCUCACUGAAUGUCAUGAGACUUAAUUCCUGUGUGGAUGUACAUCGGAUUGCACUGUAAGUCAUUAUUAAACUUCCCUGAGAAAUUCUCUUUGUCAGCUGAAAUGUUCAUCUUUUGCUCUUCUUUCAUUACCUUCUAAAAUUACUUUACUUUCUGUUUAGAAACUGAAUUGGAAUGACUUGGCUGCCAAAAUAGUGCCAGCUCCAUUUAAACCAGUAAUUCGUGAUGAAUUGGAUGUUAGUAACUUUGCAGAGGAGUUUACAGAAAUGGACCCAACAUAUUCUCCAGCAAGCACACCACAAGCUGCAGAUAAGCUUUUCCAGGUAAUUGCAUAUAAUAUUAUUAUUAUUAGGAACCUGUGCAGAGAUAAUUUCAGAAUUAAAUAAAAUGUAGUGAUGUUUCUGAAGGUGAUUAAAGUGAAUGAAGUUUGCUAGAGAUGUUUUGAUACUAACAUAAACAAAUGGACUGAAUAAAGUCUCAUCAUUAUGCCUUCACUAGUGUGGGAAGGAAUAGUCAUGCUUGCAUGACUAUGUAACCCAUCCUAGGAUCAUUAGAAAAAGUGCAGACUUAGUUGACAAGUAAAAUUAUAAAAUAAAAAAUAUGACCAUCAGUUAUCUAUCCCACACUUAAAGAUAUGGCUGUGUAGCACUAUUUGAAAUGCACUGAGUUAAGUUGGUGACUGACAAUAUGCAAAGAAAAGUAAAAAUGGCAAGUAAUGCUGUAGGUUGGCUGUAAAGCAUCAUUUAUAAAUCUGAGAGUCAUCAGAUCAAAAUUGUUACUGAUUUUGAAGGCAAAGGUAUUAAAUAUUGAUUAGAUAGUCAAAGAUGAUGAUUAAGACUAAUUUUGAUUCCCUCCUGCCAACCCCCUGAGACACAGUGAGGAAUUUGACAUUGCUCUCUUAUAGUUUUGUCAGUGUAAGCAUUUCUGCUUGCUAGAUGGAAUGAUCCCCCCCUCCCCCCCAUGCACCAUUCUGGGGGUUCUCCCAACUCUCCAGAGUGGAUUUGGGGAAGGAGCGGAGGGCGUGGGGGGGGGGGAGAGAAGGGAAGGGAAAGCUCUGUUGCACUAGUGGGAGCCCUUCACUGGCUUUCACUAGCAUGCCCAGUUAGUUGAAUCUGGGCCAUGUUGUUUAACUCUGCUAGUGUACAAGGGCUAAUCUAGAGCUCUAUGAGCUUCAAAAUGGGCAAAAAAAAGAAAUGUAAGCAGUAUAUGUGCAUCCUUUCUUCUAUUCUUAUAGUUGACAAUAAUAGAAGAGAGCAAGGAAAUAUAUUUGUUAGUCUUGCGCACUAUAGAGUCAGAGCCUCUCAGGAAAGAGAAGAUUUAUGUUUGUUUCUUCAGGAUUGGACCUUUUUCAAUGAGCUGGAUGGACUGUGGCAUAUAAGUGAGGGGUACGGCAAAGUAAGAGAAGCAGGAUGAGAUAUGUAUCGCAGAAAGCAAUUUCAGCUGGUGUGGAAAGCAGAGCAGGCAGCAGACUGAUGAUGCUGGGGAACCACAGAAAGGCUUUCAGGAUAAGAAAGCGAAAUAGGAACAGCCUGAGACGGUUGUCCGGGGGCUGUGCAUGAGGCAGACUUUGGUACACAGACAAAAUCUGGGGAAGGUAGCAGAAUUUAAUAGUGACUAAAGUUUUAGAGGAGAAGGUAGCAGAAGAGUAGAGAGGCAAAACAAGCUUACCACUAAAACUAAAUGGACCCAUUGUAGCCAGGCCUUGUGUAAGGUAUUUGAUUCAAGUCCGUCUGUGAUUAAUAAUUCUUUGCCCUGGUUUGUGUGUUUAAAAAUCCUUCGUGCAAAGUGUCCUCAUCACCUUAUCUACAUUGGGGAAGUUCGAAUGAAUGAAACCCAAGCAUUGUCACAAACUCUCCCUAUACUGGAGGAGAAGAGCUUCAGUUGGUUCCCUGUCAGAUGUCCAUGUAGAUGUUCUGGCUCAUAUUUUAUUUCCCUUAAAUAAGUCUGGCAAUGGGACUCCUUAUGUUGGACAUUUUCAAAUGUAUGAAAUGAGUCUAAAUAUAAACUGUAAUGGGAAAAAAAUAAAAAUAUAAAAAGGAGCAGAUCCUUCUUUUAAAAUUGGAAGAUUUGUAUGCUACUUGCUCUUCUGAUGAAAAAAAAAAGAGGUGUUGCUAUUAUCUUACAGAACAGGUCCUUGGUAGUCCAAGAGGAAAUACGAGAUAACAGGUAGAUAUAUUAUUCUUAUUAAAUUAGCAGGGUCAGAUGUAUCAAAAGUGUCAACCACUCUUUUAUGUGUUUUUUUUUUUUAAACCUUGAUGAACACUAUAUAGUGCAUUAUUUUAGAGAGAUACUUUAAUAGUGUUCAUGGUAAGAGUAUGGAUAGGCUCCACAUCAAAGAUAGCUGAAUUUUUCCCUAGCAAUUCCAAGGGAAUUGAAUAGAAAAUAACAACUGAUGUAUGGAGUUUCUUCAAUGCAAAACCUAAAGAUUUUACUCAUAGCCAAAUAAAUCUUACUCAGUGAUAUAUUGGUUUCUUCCAGCUUAGUUCCAAAAAUGUCAAAAAUUGUGAAAUUCAUCCAAUGAAUUUUUGCACCCCAGUCUCAUUUACAUUGAGUUUUUCUUGAAAUCUUACUUCUAAAUGGUGGCGGUAUAACAGAAUUUUGCUUCAGUUUUAUUUUUGUGGAACAUGUUGGAACUCUUUACGAGAAUAUUUUCAAAAUUAAUGUCACUCCCAGUAUAAGCAGGUUGAAUAUAUGGAACACAUGUAAGACAUUAAACUAUUUAAAUAUGCACACAUCACUCCCAGUAUAAGCAGGUUGAAUAUAUGGAACACAUGUAAGACAUUAAACUAUUUAAAUACACAGAUACACGAAUAUAAAACCACGAUUAAAUUUGAGGAGCAAUUAACUUUACAGUUUUAAAAAAUCAGAAAUACAACAUAAAAGAAAAUUGGAACUAAGGAAUAAAUCAUGGUAAUUCCACUGAGAUUUUAGAAUAUAACAUUUGUGUUUACCAGAUAAAAAUCCAUUUGCCCAGUCAUAAUGUAAGCUUGUUUGAUACCUUAACUGUAGGUUUCUUGAGAAGCUAGCCAGUUUGACGUAUCACCCUUUGUCACCAGUGAAAAAGCUGUGAGUCAGUUUUUUAGCAUUCUUUUUUAUUUUUUACAAACUGAGCUUUUAAUUGAUUUUUUUUUAAUGGAUCAGAAGAUGGUUUAAUUUCUUUCAGGCAGGCUUCCUCUUACGGUGAUAAGAAGGUGCAUAAUUUCCUUGAAUAUAAUGAUUCUGGCUUAUCUUGGAUGCUGAUUAUUUUUUUUCCUGUCUGAAUUACGCUUACCCUAAAUUAUUGAAAUUACAAUUAAAAUUUGAUAGCUGGAAACUCUGGGCGUGAUGGAUAUCUUUUCUUUUUGUUCUUUAGGGAUACUCCUUUGUUGCUCCUUCUAUUUUAUUCAAACGUAAUGCAGCCACUAUGGAUCCUGUUCACUUCCUGACAGCAGUGGACCGACCUGGAAUUACAAGUAUUGCCAGGAGUGCUAUGAUGAAGGUAGUGUUAAAACUUAAUAUAGCAGUUUAAUGGCCUAAUUAAAAGAUGUAACUCUGUUUUAUAACGUAUUUAUAACUUGCAUUUUUUUCCUGAUAUUUUCAAUUUAAGAUAUUUUAUAAGAAAAUAUUUAAUGAUAGAAUUCUUAGUGGCCUUUUAAAUGUGUCCGUGUGUGGGUUGUUUUUCUUGUUGUUAUUAUGUUGUGUAUUUUAAGUUUUUAUUAUGCUGUAAGCCACCAUGUGAUCUAUGGAUGAAGAGCAGUACAGAAGUCUAAAUAAACAAAUAAAUAUUACAUUACUUUGCUAUUUCCCAAGGCAGGAAAAAGGACAUACUGUAAACUUCCAAUUAGUACAGGUGGUGUUCUUUUUAGGCACAUCCAACUCUCGCGUGACCACUGAUGCACUGGUAGUUUUAGACCUGGAAGAGGGAGGGAUGGGGGCGGAAUGGGCUUAUGGGUGCUCCGCCAACACUCGCGAGGGCCAGGAAUGGAACCCCUGCACAAAUUGGUUGCUGCCUGUGGUAUUCUAAUACAGCACAAAAUUUUAUGUUUUGCUGUAAUUAAAAAUUCUCAAGUAACUUUGUUCUUUUUAUUUUUUCUUUUGUUCAGUAAAGAUUACUAAAUACAGCCAGUUUCCCUCUCUACUGCUAUCUCUUGUAGGACUCUUCGUUUUAUCUUCACUAUGAACUGGACCUGAAAGAAAGACCACUGGGAGAAGGAAGUUUUUCCAUCUGUCGAAAAUGCUUACACAAAAAAACAAGCCAAGAAUAUGCAGUAAAAAUCAUUAGUAAAAGGUUAAAUGUUUUUUUUCUUCUCGUUUCUUACAAAUUUGAAUAAUGAAAAUAGCUUUUUGUUGUUUUUUACCUUAAAAAAUGCCUCUGCUGCCCUUCAAUAUAGAUAUUCUCAGGGCCGCUUACUCAACAACAUAAUUAAAAAGCAUAAAAUAAUGGCAGUGGUUAAAGAAUAAUGGUUUAACAAAUAAAAAUGCGGGGAAAGAAAGAAGCUUUUGGGUGACACUAAAAAGACAAGCAAACCAUCAGCCAGAUGAGCUUCUCUAGGGAGAAGUUUAAUUGAUUGAUUGAUUGAUUGAUUCAUUCAUUCAUUCAUUCAUAUACUGCCCUAUACCCAGAGGUCUCAGGGAGGUUCACAGAACAAAACCAGAAUAUAAAACCACAAACUACCGUAUUUUUUGUUCCCCUUUAUUUCCCCCCCAAAACCAGGUCGGGGAAACCGAACCAGGUCGAGGAACAGCGGGAUGGCGGCGCUGCGCCUCCCUGCUGUCCCCUGAGCUUGUGGGGCUGGCCGAUGUCUGCCCGGUGCGCGGGGCGCUCUGCUUCAGCACGCUCUGCCCGCCGGGCGGCAGGCUGCUAUCCGCAGCGAGGGGAGCCCUGCGGGGAACUCUUGCAGGGCUCCCCACGCUGUGGAUGUCUGCCCGGCGCGAGGGGCGCUCUGCUUCAGGGCACUUCUCGCGCCGGGCGGCAGGCUGCUAUCCACAGCAUGGGGAGCCCUGCGGGGAACUCCUGCAGGGCUCCCCACGCUGCGGAUGUCUGCCCGGCGCGAGGGCCGCUCUGCUUCAGGGCGCCCCUCGCGCCAGGCGGCAGGCUGCUAUCCGCAGCCUAGACAGCCCUGCGGGAACUCCUGCAGGGCUGCCUAGGCCGCGGAUGUGUUCCCGAAGCGCCGGGCGCUCUGCUUUCAGCGCACCCGGCGCUCUGGGAAGCAGGCUGCUAUCCGCAGCCUAGACAGCCCUGCGGGAACUCCCGCAGGGCUGCCUAAGCUGCGGAUGUCUUCCUGAAGCCUGGAGAGCGAGAGGGGUCGGUGCGCACCAACCCCUCUCGCUCUCCAAGCUUCAGCGAAACCUGCAUUCGCCCCAUAGGACGCACCCAGAUUUCCCCUUCAUUUUUGGAGGGGAAAAAGUGCGUCCUAUAGGGCGAAAAAUACGGUAUAUAGUCAAAAUAUUUCAUGAUUGAGGUGCCACCAUUGAGUGGGUCCCUUUCCCAGUUGCUGUCCUCCUUGCUUCUGAGGGUGUAGCCGAAGAAGGAACUCAGAAGAUGACUCCGCUAAAGCACAAACAUGUUUUUAAAAAGGCAAACAUACUUGAUUCUUUAAUCUGAAGAUUUACUACCAAAUUGCUGCCCUGUUCACAAUACAACCCUAUAAGAUAUUUUUAGAGUUUGUAUAGUACAGACUCAUAAUUGUUUAGAUCCAAGGAAAUGCUUGGAUUGUUAAAUUGUUACUUAAUAUUUCAGGCUAGAAGCCAACACUCAAAGAGAAAUAACAGCUUUAAAACUUUGUGAAGGACAUCCCCAUGUCGUGAAGCUGCAUGAAGUUUACCAUGAUCAGGUAUUUGAAAUAGUAAAUAUUGUAGAAUAAUUUGCUUACAUUCGAACUAAACAUUUUGCAAACUAAGCUGACUUUGCACAGUAUAGGCAUGAGAUCCUAGAAGCCAAAUUUUGAUUGCCAGGUAGGAUGCGAGGCUGUUUUGAUGCUAAAACCAGGCCUGAAACCAUACAGGAAUGGGCAUAGAUAAUCUGCUUUCUCCAGGCUUACCCACACCUGGUCAGGCACCCUAACCAAACAUCUUGCCCAGGAAGGGAAUAUUAUGUAGCUAGAGUUAGUUUCAAAUCACAAUAUUUGCUUCUUAACUUUUACCAUACAAUUGCAUGGUGGUAGUGCUACUGUUGCAAUCGAACUUGGACAAGGCUGUGACCCGCUAGUGGGUCCUGAUCCACCAGUUGAAGACCACUUGUUGUUGUUUAGUCGUUUAGUUGUAUCCGACUCUUUGUGACCCCAUGGACCAGAGCACGCCAGGCACUCCCGUCUUCCACUGUCUCUACAUGUAUGUCUUCCUGUAUAAUAAAAAAUCUAAGGCUGUCGUCAUGGUCUGUAGUUCACGUAGCUGUCUACAGAUGACCACUCCAACGCCAGUGUGAGGGACAGCAGGCAGGAGAGCACGGAAACACAUAGUAGAGUGUAUUUUAAAAUGGGGUUUCAGAGUUUUUAGGGGGUUUUGAAUGUUUUAUGUAGUUUUUCAAUGUCAUUGUUCUGCAUGGGACAAUGACAAUAAAGACAUCGUAUAUCGUAAACAGUGCUGGUGGCAGGCAGCCCAGGGGAGCUGUUUAAUGGAGCAGGGAGAGAUGUUUCAGAGGAGCUGACCAAGCUGCUCUCUGAAGUGCCUUCUGCCUUUCUUUAAAAGGGAUUGGGGGUUUGGGCAAGCUGGGGAGAGGGAGAGCUGUGAGGGGAUAGGCAAAGGGGUGGGUGAUGUUUAAAGAAAGGGGGGUUGGUGGAUACGCAGGGUUGGCGAGCAGAAUAAGCCGGGGGGGGGCAGACUCUAGUAUACUAUAUACAUACAAUAGCUUUUUGAACCUGGAGGAAUUUAAAAGUAAACAGUAUAUAUACUUGAAUAUUAAAUACAUCUAGCUGAUUAUUGUCCCUUGCAUUUUGAAAUAAAUGUUCUAAAAAAGAAUUUGCAUGCAAAUAUAUUGUUUAUAGCUCCACACUUUUCUAGUAAUGGAACUUUUGAAAGGAGGAGAAUUACUUGAACGUAUCCAGAAAAAGAAGCACUUCAGUGAAACUGAAGCUAGUUAUAUAAUGCGCAGACUUGUUUCAGCGGUGAGCCACAUGCACGAUGUAGGAGUAGUCCACAGAGACUUAAAACCUGAGGUAUGACAUUUUCAGCUUCUUGUAAUAAGUUUUCUAGUGAUGAUAGAGACAGUUCACUUUUUCAUUAGGAUGGAGUUUAUGUGUUGCGAUUUGUUCAUUAAGUAUGAAAUGAAUUAUCUCUGCUCCUUGUGGUAAGUUUUACCUGCACCUUCUGCCAAUGGGAUUACCCAUUGAGCAUGUGUAUUUUAUUUUAUACUUUUUCUAUUUUAGCUGUAAGCUGCUUUGGGUCCCUAUCAGGGAAAAAGGCGGGAUAUAAUUAAAUACAAUUAUUAUCAUUAUUCUAUGUUGUCUAGAAAAUCUGUUUUAUGAGGUGGCUAAUGCAUAACAUUAUAAUAUAAACAAGACUAUUUAUUUUUGUUUUUAUGCUCUCUUCACUUAAUUGUGUGUGUUCUGUUCUUGGUGAUGACUUAAUUCUGCUAUCAGGCAUAUAUGUAUUUUAAAGUGUUUCUCAGAUGGAUUCCAGUUUCCAUCAGCCCCAGCCAGCAUGGCCGAUGGUCAUGGGAGUAGAUAGGGAGAAGUCCCGUCCCUCCAGUAAUACUAGAACUGGAAUAUCAGAGAAUUCAAGACAAAUAAGUACCGUAUUUUUCGCCCUAUAGGACGCACUUUUUCCCCUCCAAAAAUGAAGGGGAAAUGUGUGUGCGUCCUAUGGGGCGAAUGCAGGCUUUCGCUGAAGCCUGGAUAGCGAGAGGGGUCGGUGCGCACUGACCCCUCUCGCUCUCUAGGCUUCAGGAGAGCCCCAGUGCCAGCCCCACAAGCUCGGGGGACAGCGGGGAGGUGGAACGCCGCCAUCCCGCUGUCUCCCGAUGUGGUCUGAAGGCUGGCGGCGGGGAGAAGAGCGCUUCUCACCGCUUCCGGACCCACAAGCUCCGGGGACAGCGGGGAGGCACAGCGCACCUUCCCGCUGUCCCCGGACCUGGUCUGAAGGCUGGCGGCGGGGAGAAGAGCGCCUGGGGGGGAAAUAAUUUUUUUUCUUUAUUUCCCCCUCCCCCCCAAAACCAGGUGUGUCCUAUGGGCCGGUGCAUCCUAUGGGGCGAAAAAUACGGUACUUCUAACAAUGUGUGCUUAAACUAUGGAAUUCCCUCCUGUAGGAUGUAGUGAUAGCCACUAAUUUGGAUGGAAUUAAUAGCAGAUUAGACAAAUUAAUGGAGGAUAGCACUUUCAAUGAAUACUAGCCAUGACAGCUACUAUGUUCCACCUCACUGUCAGAGGCAGUGUGCCUCUGAAUACCAGUUGCUGGGAAUCGCAAGUGGGGAGAGCACUAUUGUGCUCAUUGUCUGCUUGCAAGCACUCCAUAGGCAUCUGACUGCCCACUGGACUAGGUGUGUGUUCGGCCUGAUCCAGCCAGACUUUUCCUACGUUUUUAUGAUGUGAGUUGUGGUCUAAUAUCUGCAGAGCUACAGGUUCCACAUCCCUAACAGGAGGCAUAACUGCUGUUAUCUCAAGUAUAUAAAAAUAAAGAAUCUUGCAAAUCUCUAAUUUUAUUUUCUCUCUCUUAGAAUUUAUUAUUUACAGAUGAAAAUGAUAGUUCAGAAAUAAAAAUAAUUGAUUUUGGAUUUGCCCGCUUAAAGCCACCUGACAAUCAGCCUCUUAAAACACCGUGUUUUACCCUUCAUUAUGCUGCACCAGAGCUCUUAAAUCAUAAUGGUUAUGAUGAAUCAUGUGAUCUCUGGAGUUUGGGAGUGAUUUUGGUAAGCUAAUUGCUCAUUUUAUUCUGCAUUUUUAAAUAACUGACAAGCAUUUGGUCAGAUUGCUAGUGGAAAAGGGUUGCUUAUAAUGUCCCCAGAUUAAAGUAUGAGUGCUGGCCAUUAGUCAGUGGAAUGUAUAUUUACUGGUCUUGUGCAGAUAUAAUAUCUUAAUCAUAAGAGGGGAGGGAUUGAAUUCAGCCUUAGCUUUUUGCAAAUCAAAGGCUUUAGAUCCAUUCCCACUGACAGAAGUAGGGAGUUACAACACUGGCAAAAGUGGGAGAGGAGGCAAUUUUCAUUUGAGUGGAGUGAAAAUGUUCUCAGGUGGGAUAUGAAGUCCCUCUAAUGCGUGAAGGCAAGAUUGCUAAUUUAGAGGACUUUGCUCACAUCCAGCUACCUACCACUAGUUUUACUCCUGCUUUCAUGCCAAGAGUUUGCGUCCCAAACUUGUCUUUCUGCUUUGUUCAGGCAUUUCUGCCCUUUUGGUGAGUUCUCAGUUGUGUCUGUGUGGUGUUUAUUGUCUCUUUAGCUCCCAGACAGUGCUACAGCAGUUUUAGAGAAGACUUUGGCCAGAGUCAAGAGACAACCGCUUAAAAUUAAAGGUAGCCCAUAAGCACUGCAUUCUUUCAGCCUGCUUAGUGACAUCAGUUCCUCAACGGGCAUCACUGUCAAGUGUUCAGGGAGCUGUGCCUUUAACUGAGGAACAAUUUCCCUCUGUCAUUCCUUCCAUUGUGCCCCUGAUAAUGAUAACUGACAAGACUACUUUGACUGUCAGCAAAAAAAGCAGUAAGAAGGCAGUGGAUAAAAAGGUGGGCCACCAGAGGGAGUUUGGCCAUGUGCAUUCAGACAUGACCUGAGCCUAUGUUCUUCUGUGUUCCCUGUGGUUUGUUUCAUAUUUGUCUAUGUGUGGGAUUUCACAGCUUAGAUGGUUGUAUACUGGUAGGAGCUGGCUGGAUGUGAGCAAGGCCCUUUAAAUUACAGUAGUUGUACUUCUGCCUUCAAGUGCUAAGGGGAGCUCUCAUCUGAGAGCAUCUUAUCACUCAAAAGAAUAAUCCUUUUCAUAUAAGACCACUGGUCCUUUUCUACUGAUUACGCUGCCCCCUUGCAGUCACCACAUACCUUUCCAGAGAGUCCAGAAUUGGCCAAGUGAGUCAUUAAGCGGGUGCAAGGGGUUGCAGGGCGAGGAGGUAGUGGCAAAAAUCCCUCCCACUGGUGGGAAUGCCCUCUCAGUGGAACUCCAUGCAAGUGAUGCUCCUGCUGACAGGAGAAAAGCUUGGAUCUGAGUUAAGGAGUGGACCAUAGAACCACACACUUUUCCAUAGCAGCUUUGCUUAAGCAUGAUUUGAUAAUCAAGUUCAAAUCAUAGGUAAUCAAGAAAUCUCAUUAGUCUUAAGCACAGUUAAUACCUGUUGUGACAUAUCCCUUAACUAUGCCUAGUGCAGGGUGUGUAAUGCAGGAGGGGAACGUGUGAUACCUCAUCUGGCUACUGAGCUCUUAAUAAUGACUAAGAGAGAAUGUCUGUAUGUUUUUCUGCAUGGCCCACUGUUAAUAGAAAUAACACCAAAAGGAUAGUAUAUUUGAUGCUGGAGAUUUUAUCACUUGGUUUCAGGAAAAUUUACUGAACCUCAACUGUUCUGUAACUUCUGAAAAUAUUAUUUUAAAUUGUGUGGACGUGAAAAUUGUCCUGUUUCCUCCCUAAUAUAAAGUAAAUUGCUUAUGGCACGUUUAAUUUGUGUGUGUGUGUGUGUGUGUGUGUGUAUACAUUUCUCUCUCACUCACACACAGACAGACAUACACACACUCCUAUAUGUAGUAGUGAUUCAGAAUUUUUCAUUUUUGAAAAGUAUACAAUGCUCUCAGGACAAGUACCCUUCCAGUCUCAAGAUAAAAAUGUAACAUGCACAAGUGCAUUGGAAAUUAUGAAGAAAAUUAAGAGAGGAGAGUUCUCUUUUGAAGGAGAUGCUUGGAAGAAUGUCUCUCAGGAAGCCAAAGAUUUGAUACAAGGUAUAUAUAUUGACCCAUAAUUUCUUUACUAUGUUUCUAGCAAUUCUUGUAACUGUUAGUAGUAUAAUUCUAUAAUUCUAUAAUAUAGAAUAAUUCUAUAAUAUAGUAGUAUAAUUCUUGAAAUUAAUUAAAAUGAAGAUGCCUAAGGAAGAUAGUAUAAUACGUACAAUUGCCUGUGAUUUAAUUGACUCAUUUGACCCUAAUCUAAUGUGUCUGCACCAAUCUUUUGCUGACAAGCUUCAGUUAAUCUCUUAUACCCCAAAAUUUUAAGUGUGAAAGUUGAAACAAAAUAUUUGGAUAGUUUGAUUAGGGGAAACUUUUGAAGACAAAAUAGUUAGAAAACAGUAUAAGGAUUUAAAUUGAUAUGAAUCAUUGAUUUAGAUCUGCAGUAAAAAAAAGUCUUCUUCCCCGUAUUGCUCAUUUCUACUUCUUGCUUCUUUGGCCCAGCUCCACCUUCAGAAAGCCAAGUAGCAAGUAAAAUUGAAAUGUUUAUGAUUAAUAGGUAGAUCGGCCAGGUGAAAAAGAGGACAGUUGUGUAGUUUAAUAGUUCUAUAGAACACUGGUCCUCAGCUGGUGGGUCAGGAUCCAAUAGUGCAGCGGUUCUCAACCUAUGGGUCCCCAGAUGUUGUUCGACUACAACUCCCAUCAUCCCUGAGCUCUGGCCUUCCUAGCUAGGGUUGAUGGGAGUUGUAGUUCAACAACAUCUGGGGACCCACAGGUUGAGAAAGGCUGCAAUAGUGGUUUGCAGCCUAAUCCACUGUGAGUUGUAACAGGAGCAUUACCACCAUGCAAAUGUAUGGUAAAAUAAUAAUAAAUGGGAACCUUAUAAGUGGGUCCCAUACAGUGGUGCCUCGCAAGACGAAAUCAAUCCGUUCCGCGAGUGUCUUCGUCUAGCGGUUUUUUCAUCUUGCGAAGCAACCCUAUUAGCGGAUUAGCGCUAUUAGCGGUUUAGCGGCUAUUAAAGGCUUAGCGGCUUAGCUGCUAAAAGGCUAUUAAAGGCUUAGCGGCUUAGAAAAAGGGGGGGGAAGCGAAAAAAAAUCUCAAGACUCGCAAGACAUUUUCAUCUUGCGAAGCAAGCCCAUAGGGAAAUUCGUCCUGCGAAGCGCAUUGAAAAACGGAAAACCCUUUCGUCUAGCGGGUUUUCCGUCUUGCGAGGCAUUCGUCUUGUGGGGCACCACUGUAUCUGAAAAGGUUAAGGAUACAUGCUGUGGGUGAAGGAAUUUCAGCAGAUGUAGCUGACUGAUUGAAGCAAGGUUUGAUAGUUACUGGGAAGACUAGAGCAUUUUGUUUUCAUCAGGUGAAAAUAAAAUGCCUAGAGCUAGUAGCUAGAGUAUAAACAUUCAUAUCUGAGAAAUGAUCAAAUUUGUUAUUUGUUACAUAGGUUUUUUGAACUCAUUGUUUCUGGGAGGGGGAUUGAUUUAGGUUAGAUAUUGACUUGAGCUAACAUGCUUAUAUCCUUUUUUAAUAUUAACAAGUUAUAUGUAAGGGAAACAUGGUAUUUGCAGUUAUUUUAAACUAAAAAUCUGAUACAUUUUAAUCAUUUACUUUUAUACACCCUGUUAAAUAAAGUUUGGAGUGCAUACACUUCAGGAUAGCUGCUGUCGUGAUAAUUUAAUCUUAUUUCCUAGAUGUUAUGAAAUGAUUCCAUGCAACUUCUACAAAUACUCAAUAAAUACUGUUAUAAACUAUUUAUUUAAUAAUGAUGCUCAGAGUAUAUUCAAGAUUGAUUUGUAUGAUUCUAAAAUCUAAAUUUAAAGUUAUAAGCUGGAUUGUUGAGGCAGUUCAUUUUUGUUUAUGGGUUUGGUAUUCCUUAUUUAAUAUUCAUUUAUAAACUGUGGUUCAUUGAUUUAAGAAUGUCUAAUAAAUUCCUAUUAGGACUUCUUACAGUGGAUCCAAAUAAGAGAAUUAAAAUGACCAGUUUGAGAUACAAUGAAUGGCUUCAAGAUGGUAGCCAACUGUCAUCCAACCCGUUAAUGACUCCAGACAAUUUAGGAUCUUCAGGAGCUGCUGGACACUCUUAUGUCAAAGCAACCUUUAAUGUAAGCUCAUAUAGUCUUACUUUCUAAACAUUAAACCAUGUGCUUCUUUUGUCAGCCUAUCAUUUAAAGUGGGAUGCACUUUAGUUCCAUAUACAUUCAGAAAUGUCUACAGCUUUAUCUCAAACUGAGGAUUCUUCACCUUGACCCCUGCUUUCUCUGUUAGUCCCAGUGGGGUUCUUGAACAUGUGGAUCAUGAUGUAAAACUGGGAGAAUAGUGUGGGGGGAGGGGUAAAUUGGAAGAGUUAACACUCAAACUACUGUUGAAAAAACCUUUGAGACAUCAGGUCCUGUUUCUGGUUCUGCCAGUAGUUGUCUGCCCCGAAGGUAAUGAUCUCCCUUACAAAAUCUGCUCACUUGUUCUUCUGGCUUAAGCCAGGGCUGCAUUUAUAUAUCAAACUAAAUGUAAAUAAAAAUUAAAUAAAUGUUGUUGUUUAUACCCUGCCCAUCUGGCUGUGUUUCCCCAGCCACUCUAGGUAGCUUCUAGCAAAAACAUAUAAAAUAAUAAAAUGUCAGACAUAAAAACUUCGCCGAACAAGGCUGCCUUAAGAUGUUUUCUAAAAGUUAUGUAAUUCUUUAUCUCCCUGACAUUUGAUGGGAGGGUGUUCCAUAGGGAGGGCGCCACUGCUGAGAAGGCCCUCUGCCUGGUUCCCUGUAACUUUACUUCUUACAGUGAGGGAAUCACCAGAAGACUCUCAGAAGAGGACCUCAGUGUCCAUUCUGAAGGAUGGAGGUGGAGACACUCCUUCAGCUAUACUGGGCCAAGGCCAUUUAGGGCUUUAAAAGUCAGUACCAACACUUUGAAUUGUGCUUGGAAACAUACUGGCAGCCUGUGAAGAUCCUUUAGGACUGGUGUUAUAUGGUCUCGGCAGCCACUCUCAGUCACCAGUCUAGCUGCCACAUUUUGGAUUAGUUGUAGUUUCCAAGUCACCUUCAAAGUUGUAGUUUCCAAGUCACCUUCAAGUCACCUUCCACAUAGAGUGCAUUGCAGUAAUGCAAGCAGGAGAUAACCAGAGCAUGUACUACUCUGGUGAGACAGUCUGCAGGCAGGUAGGGUCUCAGUCAGCAUCAGAGAUGGAGCUGGUAGGCAGCUGCCUUGAGAUGCUAAGAGAAUAGAAUAUACAAGUAUUAUAAAGAUUAUAAUAAUAAUAAUACAAACAUUAUGACACCCAUCUUUUGAGAUUCAGAAUCUGCAUUAACGAAGGAUAAAGGUACGCUGAAAAGAGCACUUUCUAAAUCCAACCUUCUAUAGUUCUUUUUCUCAAAAGUACUUCUUAAACUAAUUUUUGAAACCUAAACCAAAUUCUCUUCCAUUCCUUACUAUUAUUUGAGAAAGAUGGUAUCCUUCCCCCAAACCCUGUGCAACUCCCACAAAGCUAAUAAGUUGUCAACUCUUAUGCCCCAGCAGCCAUUUCUGUCACCAAAUCUACAACUGACUCCAGGCCUCAUAUUUAGCCAAGUUAUGGACUAAGCCCCUCAAAUGGGUGUCAGAAGGCCUUAGUGUCACCACAUUGUGUUUGAUAGCUGCUGAGGUUCCAGCAUCACUGAUGCUUACUCUGCCCCAACCUUUAAAGCUGCAUUUGCACUGGGUCUAGGUCUGACAUGUAAAGGUGUGAGUCCAUCAGAAUGUAGUUUGCCUAGGACCUCUUGGCACAGCCCCUGACACUAAUAAGUAUUUCCGGAAGAAAUGGUGGAAUGAAUUAGGCUUGUUGCUUGUAGUAUGGAAGCCUACCUCUCUUUCUGCUUUUAGGAUACCUACCAUUUGUGAAACUGCCAGGAACAAUAGGUAAAUUUACAUUAGAAGCUAGGAUUGUAGCCUACAACAAUAUUAAAUGGUAUAUUAAUUGUUGGAUAUUUAAUCAAGUCUUUUUGCUAAAAAUAUUUUGAAGUCCAUAAUGCAAUUCUCUAGGGGAAAUAUUCUUAAUACUUUCAUAUUUAAGCAACUAUAAAAACUGGUUUCAGUUUGAAUAUACACAAAUGCAUUUAUCUUUUAAAAUAGGCCUUUAACAAAUAUAAGAGGGAAGGAUUUUGCCUACAGAAUGUUGACAAGGCACCUCUUGCAAAAAGAAGGAAGAUGAAAAAAACAAGUACAAGUACCGAGACUCGAAGCAGUUCCAGUGAAAGUUCUCAUUCUUCUUCUUCUCAUUCGCAUGGUAAAACUACUCCUACAAAGACCCUGCAGCCAGCAAUUCCUGCAGACAGCAAUAAUCCAGAGAGCAUCUUCCAAUUCUCUGACUGAAAAACAGAGAUUUGCUCUGAUGAAGAAUUUGCUGGCAUAUGCAUUCCUUUAAAAAGAGUGUUUAUAUGUGUAUGGAAAAUCCAACUGAUACCCUUUUACUGAUGGAAGGACUUCUGAUCCAGUGGAGGUGUCCACUAAAAUAGGGGAGGCAUUCAUUAACUCUAUUCUGGAGUGUCCCCCAACUCUCUGGUGCAGAUUCUUGGGGUGGGCACUGGAGACUGAGAUGGGGAACUCAGUAAGAAUUGAAUCUCAUCUCUUCUGUUAGCAAAUGCCUCUGCGGGAUCAAAAAUCCUUCCGUAAGCACAAGAUCACUUGUUGGAUUCUGCCCAUAACUUAAAGGCACACAUUUUAUUUUCUAAUCUUUUGUUUCAGUCCUAGUCUGAAAUAGGACAUUUUAAAAUACUGCUGUGGUUAUAACCAGCAUUGAAGUUGUUGAAGCUAUUAAUGAACAAAACUUGGGGUGGAGUUCAACAUCAUACUAAGAAAACAUUUUCCACCAGCACAAUAAUUUUUGCUUGCCAGACAGAACCAUCUCCCCUCUCUCCCACCCCCCCCAUGUGCUGUUCUGGGGGUUCUCCCAACUCUCCACAUUUGUGGGAGGAGCGGGCAGGGCACAUGGGGGGAGGAGAAGAGGGGGGAAGCCCAAUUGUGCUACCGGGAGUCCCAGAACUGGCUUCCACAAGCACACUGAGUUAGUUGAAUCCAGCCCUUGUAGUCCUUUGAGGUAACUGGACAUGCAAAAUGGGCUUUCUCAUUGCUAGUUAAGGAAAUAUAGUUUCAUAAGCUCUCAGAACUCCAUUUACUAGCAGUGACUGUCCAGGAUUCAUGCAGACAUCUUAAUUAAGGCUGGUUUUCUUUGAAAAUUUCUGUAUAUUAGAAAGAUGACAGUAUGAUUUUAAGAGUCUUGAAACAAAAAUAGUGGCUCAAAAAUAGUGGCUUCCCCAUAUGCAGCAGCUUUUGUCCUUAUGCAGGUUUCCUGCAUAAGGAAAAUCAAGUCACAUCCAAAGAUAAUUUUCAGCAUGUGAAAUGGAUGCACAAAUCCUUGCACAAUACACAGGCAACAUUUUUGCUGUUCAGGGCUUGGCAACUAGUAUGCAGAACUUUGUGAUUACUUCUUCUGUAGAUUUUGGCCAUUUUCUAUUUUCAACGACUUUUGGGUUUUUUUAAUAGCUUCUAAUACAGUACUUAUAAAAGGAACUUACUGUUUUCUUAGCAUUCAGUGCUAAAAACAUGUCAAGAUUUUCUGAACAAAUAGGUUUAUCUUAUAUAUUUAUGCCUCGUUGCUAAAUAUAAAAAUGAUUUUCUCUUAAUUGCAAAUUCUAUAUUCCUGCUAUCAUGUGUGGGUCCAAAAAUUAAGCAUGCUGUGAUAUAUCUGACAGUGUGCUAUCUAGUUGUAGCAUAAUAUUAGAGGUUUUAAUUAUACGUAAUGCUUACGCAUGAUUUGGUACACCUAUAAUUGCAUUUGGUGAGUAGCUGAACAAAGUGAAAAAUGCCUUUUGGAGAUGCUGUGUAACUUGGAGAUGCUCUAGUAACUUCAGUGAGAAUUAUGAACUUAUUACAUCAUUCUGCUUUGCAAUAUUAAGCUUUUGUUUUCUUGCCAUGAUUUCCUAUACGCAAUACUCUUCAGAUUUUGCCUCCUCUCAUGUUGGGGCAUGUUUUGACUUUAAACCAUAUAUGCACUGGGAAAACUAAAGGGAUAUUCUAUCAAACACUGUGCUUCACAUUUGUACACUGUGUUUGUAAUACGGUAAGAUUUCCUACCGUAACUGUAAUAUAUUUGGAAUCAUAAAUAUGACUUACUGAUGCAUUUAAAAUGGUAACAUUUUUAAUUGUGAAGCAUAAUUUCUCAACAUAUGCAGAGCACUUCUAUAGCACCUGUGCUCCAGUCUUGCAAAAAGUUAUUGAGUAGUCCCAUUGUGAAUUCUUUGGGGCAGUUUAUUUGCAUGAUCAGAGAACAUCUGGUCAUUUGUAAAAACACCUUGCUGCAUUGUAAAAUAAACUAGAUCCAAAUCCUAUGCAAAAAUUAUAUAUAUAUAUAUGUAUAUAUAUAUAUAUAUAUAUAUAUAUAUAUAUAUAUAUAUGGCUUGUUUACAAAGUUGCAUCUAUUAUCAGUGUUUUGAGAAACCUAAUGCAGGCUUACCUAUGGAAAUUGGUGGAAAACUGUCUUGAAAAGAGUAUAUUUUUCUGUGUUGCUGUAGUGUAAUUGGUAGCACUUGCAUCAGGAAUGAGAUAAAUCGUCCAAGAGGUAUUUUUUGUGUGGCUUUCUAGAUUCUUGUCAGCAUUCUUGCAAUCAAGUUGUCAUUUACGGAAAAGUUAAGAUUCCAGCUCUUGUUGUAAAAGUAGCCUUGCAGAUCUAGUGAUAGAAACUAGAAGGCUUGUAAUUUAGCAACAGAUGAGCAGUGUGAUCUUUUGCAUGUUUGUUAAUGCAUGGUUACUUAAAAGCACAAGCUGCUGAGUUCAAUGAAGCUUAACUGACUAGCAAAGAUCAUAUAAUUGCAACCAUAAUUAUUUUGUCCCUUGAGGUGGCUUAAGUGACUUAAUCAUUUGACAUCCUAAUCUGAGUUUGUUCACAUUUGGAGUUGUUAAUUCCAAGAUCCAUACAGCACAGAAUUAACACAGCUUGUUCACCAGAUGUGCCUUGGCUUCCACACUGUGUUUAGGAACUUAAAUUAUGCCUGCAGUCUAUAUAUUCAAACAUGGACGGGACAGAAGCUUGUACUGCUUUUCUUUCUUUCUUUUUUCAUUUUUUAAGGCAGAUAAGCUGGAAGACUUACAAGUUUCCAGUAUGGCCCUGGUGCUAAAGAAGUGGCACAUCUUUGAGUCUGAUAAGUUCUCACAGUUUAUUUAUAUGAAUUACUUAGGCUGUAGUCUUUUGCAUACUUAUUUGGAAGUAAGCCCCAUUGAAUUCAUUGGGGCCUAAUUCUGAGUAAAUAUGCAUAGGAUUGUGCUCUUAAUUGAAUCCUUUGAGAUAAAUUGCCACAGAGUUUCUAAGCUGAUGGAAAAUAUGAAAACUAUUGUUUACAUUAUCCGGAUCUUUAUAUUUUAAAGUUUUAUGUGAUGAUAGCACAAAUAACUUAAAGUAGUAGUUUAAGUUAAGCUGUUCAGUACUAUGCCAGCAUUUAGUUUGGAUUCACUUGCUGAAUCUUUCUUUGAGAAUAUGACCUUCCCUCCCCACACCCCCCAUUGUAUUGACCUAUACAAUGGAACAUUUUCUCUGUAAUAAAUCAAGGCGUCAUGAUUAUGCAAAAAGCACCAAUUAAUAGAUGAAAGCUGUUUUAGUGUUCAGUAAAUUAACAGAAAUGUUUUGCUAUACUUCUUUUGAUUUUCCAUUUCACUUUUAAGAUUGAUUAAAAUGUGUACUUUUAAAAUAAAAUCCUAGUGGCUCAGCAGAUUAAAUUGCAAUGCGAUGAGCCCUAGUUUAAAUUUAUAUAUAGUUUAAAAUAAUUAUUUUAAAAAAAUCUAGUCCCUUUUGGAGAAAUCCAAAUAAAUGGUGUUUUAUAUUAGAAUAGUUUCAUUGAUAUUUGGUAGGACUUCAUAAAAUGUGCAGAGUAAAAUAAUGAUUUAAUUUCUCAGGAAAAGGGAGUUUGUAUUUCCAUUGUUCUCUUGCACAGGCAGCUAUCAAGAAAGAUCGUGAACAUUUUUGUACUCUUGGGAGCGGAUUUUAUCUGAUAAAAGCAUAAGUGGGUGCAGAGCACAACUUUCAUUAUGUUUUUGUUCAAACAGAUAUGUUUUCAAAAUUUUGAAUGUGUACACUAUAUAAUUUUAUUGGUUACAUUUUGAAAUAGGUAUAAUAUGCUAAGUAGAGAAAGUAGUAUAAUAAUAGUGAUUAGAGAUUAAGUGGUACAGAUGCAGUUGUGUUGCCAUAAAUGCUUUUAUGGUAUUGUUACUUGCAUCGGACAAUUAAUUAGUUUAAUAAAAUGUUAUUACUUUAAGUUGAUAGAAAAAAAAUACUAAAAGCGUGAAGCAAAUAAUUUCUUAUGGCUUGAUCCUGUUUAGUGUUCAGUCUUUCAGGCAAAUGGAUAUUGUUUCCUGUCCGCAGUGCAACAGAACUGGGGGCAGGGCUGUGGAUGACUCCCUUCUCUGACUAAUUUGUUAAUUGAUUCUCCAGGACACCAGUAAGGUUGGUGCAAUAUUAUUUUAGUAAACUCCUCCAGUGAAGCUAGAAAACUUUGUUUUUCUUUGUUUUCAUUUCAAGAAAAAAUGUUAUAAUAUAUUUACAGAGAAAAUAUUUGUAUCAGGUAUACAUAAAAACAAUCCAUAUACACUAUUACAUGGAGGAAGCAGGGAAGAUGUGAUUUUGAGGAACCAGGCAGGGCGGGGGCGUUGCAAGGAAAAGGGGAAAUAAAUGAAAUUUUCCAUCUGCCUUUGGGAGAAUUCUGUUCUGGGCAAAUCUGGAUCCUACCUGAUAAACCAAACAAGGAUAAAAUGUAAACCCCAAAUUUUAUAUGAUUAAUCAGGGUUUCUUUUCUACUAGAGUAAGCAAUGUAAACACACAGAUACUGGUAUGGCUAAAUAUAUAAUUUUCUGUUGUGUUUAUCUUAAGGCUUAUAUUGCUACAAAAUAGAAGAUAAUGUUGAUUUGUGGCAUGAAACAGAAUUGUUAUGAUAGUUAUCUGUGUGCAAAGCUUGUUCCCCUUAAUUGGUUUUGUGUACUUCACUAGUUAAUGUUUUUAUGCUAAAAUCCUUUACAUGGUUAACUGGGAGUAAGCUCCCUUGAACUCUGUGGGAUUCAUUGCUGAGUAAAUAUACAUAGGAUUGUGUUAUCCAUAAUCCUGCAUAGUCAAUUGAAUGUUUAAUUCAGUUGAACUAAAAUCAAAACAAUAGGCUUUAUUUACUUCCAUCUCCUUUUUUAUUGACUUAGUCCAUCCAGCCCAGUACAGUCUGAGUGGCAGUAGUAGAUCUCCAGGAUCUAAGGCAAGGCUCUUUUCCAGUCCUGCUACUAGAGAUUAUUUAAACUGAGUUGGAAACACCCCCUUUCUAGUCAAUUGUGGCACUAAUAUAGAAGAGUUUGCCACAAAAGGUUGAUGUGUUAGGUGACAUAAUACAAUUCCGACACCCUUAUUUGUAAUCCAGUUAGCUCCAUUUUAAGCAUGUUUGUUCAACUUGCUGAGAAUUUUCUGUCCUUUUCUAUUGUCAAAAUAUAAUAAAUGAAAGCAUAUUGUUUGCUAGAUGUUAAAGAUAUGCACUAAUUAGCCCCUAACAUUUCUAAAUAAAGUUCUUAAUUAUGACAAAUAUUUAGAAACAGCAUAGCCAGAUCUUAUAUGCUGUUUUAGGCUUAUGCAAAAGGCAUGAACUGAAAGAUGUAUAGAUGGAUAAAAAGUACGUUAAAUGUUCAUUGGGAUAUUUCUAGAAGUUUAGGAAUAAUUAGUGCUUUAAAAGUGCUUUUGUUUUUAAAGCCAAGAAAUCUUUUUGAUUGAUUGGUCUCUCCAGUUUUAUAUUUUAUAUUUAUAUAAAUUCUUCUUACAACUGCCACUCCUCUUCAGACUAGCCCAAUAGCACAUUCUGUGUCAUCUGUCCUGCAUCCCUCUAUGGGUGACACUGCAUGUUUGGCCAAACCUUCUCCAUGGGAUUGGGAGACUCUUCAGAACAGUGAGGGUGGUGGCGUAAACAGGGUGGAGCACUUAGAAAUCUCUUGAGGAAGCCUCAGCCAUUUUAAAGUGGUAGAAUGAAUGGGAAGGAUGAAAAAGCCAUGUCUCGAGAGAGCUGCAACUGCUUGCAGCAUAUUUAUUUUUGUGGUGGAAGAAAGUUUGCUUUGCACAAUGGAAGGGGAUAUAUCCAGCACAUUUAAAAAAAAUAAAAUCAGUACAAGUUCUCCCAGAAUAAUUGGGAGAUUGAUUUUUCACAUUUCCAGUGAUGUUAUAAGCACACCUUUAGAUUCUUAUGAUGCUUGUACAAUCCCCUUCCUCAAAACACUUGCAGUGACAAUGGAAAUGCUAACUGCUGGGGGGGGGGGAGUGAUAUCCCCUAACCAAUGACCAGCAUAAGAGAUAAGUAUGUUCCUGAGAUACUAUCACAAACAUCAUUUUGACUGUAAUUAAUUUGGAUGGCUUUAAGAGCAGGUUAGACAAAUCCAUGGAAUACAAUGCUGUAUCAGUGGCUACUAGCCAUGCUGCCUCCACUGUCAGAGGCAAUAUGAAUGCCAGUUGCUGGGAACUGAAGGUGGGCAGAGUGCUGUUGUGCUUGUGUCCAGCUUGCAGGCUUCCCAGAGGCAUUUGGUUGGCCACUAGGAACAGGACUUUGGACUAGAUGGGCCAUUGGCCUGAUCCGAAAGGCACGUCUUUGGACCAUUGGCUUGUCUUAUGCUCCUAGCAACUCCAGAGUUUUGUACUGGUAUGUUCUUCAGAGUAUGUGCUACAGUUCACCUACUUGGCAUGUGUAGCAGAUCAGGGUAAAUAGUGUUCCAUAAUGGUUUUAUAGAUUUUAAAGAUUUUAUAGAUUUGGUAAAUCAGAAAAAUAAGAAUUGAAAGGAAAACUAAUACUAUAAGAGAGAGAGCUUGUCUCUUAAAUUAUGACAUUUCAUUUUCAAAGGUUACACCCAAGAAUAAUGACACUUCUAAAUAACUUAUUUUUACAUUUGUAUCAUGAGGCACAAUUUUGGUGUGUACUCUUGAAUAUAAUUCCCCCCCUCUUUAUCCUAAAAUGAAUGGGUUUCUUAACAAUUUUAUUUCCUUUCCUUUGCGUUGCUACUCCUUUAUUUCUGAAAGCACUUGGAUAUAACUCCCUAAUAGUUACCACAACAUUAGUCAGAGUUCUCCAAAUAUCCUUUAUUAACAAAUGCUAUUUGUGUUGUUCUAGGAGAUAGUGUAUUAUUUAUUGUAUCUGUAUUUAAGUAUAAUGUACAGUUGAAACCCACAACACAUUUCCAAGUGUAUUGUGGUAAAUGUAAUGAAGCAGUGUAGGAUAAAUAGUGGGGUUUUUCUGUAAAUGAACGAUCUUCUUAUCUCCUAUUAAAACAUAUGUAGAGUCAAAGUACACGUGUAACAUGGAAAUCAGUGUGGGUCCUUCCCACACCCUGAUCCAGUGACAGGAUUGUAGUCCUUAUGUAGCAGAUUAGCUUGAUAAGAGGCACCUGAAUUAAUCCUUGACUGUAAAGGUCUGAAGCCAAGGUGAAGCAACUAAAAAAAACAUGGACACCUCUAGCACCAAUAACCUGGAGGAAAUGGGAACCUGGACUGAGUUGGUAGACCCAUGAUUCACCUGCUUGGUGAAUGCAUAGACUAUGCCUGCCUUAAAUUUAGGAAGAAAUCAAUAUACGGUAUCCUAAUUCGAUAAAAUGCUGUGGAAACAUGGAAAAGGGAAUGUCAGGCUGCUUCCUCCCCAUAACCAGCUCUGCCCAUUUUGAGUACAAAAGCAGCUUUGGCAUGAAGACCUAUUUGAUCAUCAUGGUUGGAUAGUUUCUAGGAUCAGGGUAUAAGAAUAAUUUUUCCCUUUGCUGUUGGCCUUUCAAAAUGAUCAGAUGUGCUCAUGUAACUUUAUGAAUGCUCUGUCACAUCAGGAAAGGGGCGUAUGGGAGUUCUGGUAAUUCAGCAAGUGCAUUCCACUAGUCUUCUAUGUCAGUCUGAGUAGGGCAUCUGACUGCUUUAAACCACUGCUGUUUUUAGCUUUUGUAAUUGGAUUGCUUUAUUUGUAUCUUGGACAUUUGUUUUACAGUCUUAACUAUAUUUUGUAAGCUGCCUUGGGAGGGCUUUGCCCUGAAAAGCAGUAUAUAAGUACUAUUAUAGAAGUCUGCAAUCCUAAUCUAAAUUACCUAUUAGAAAGCCCUAUUAGAAAGCAUGGCUAGGGUUGCACUGUAAGUGUGUUUAAUGGUGUGUGUUAAACUUGAGACUAAUUUCUCAUAUGCUGAGGCUACUGUGGGUACAACUGAUGGAUGUGACUAUAUAUUGGAAAACACAUCAGGAAAAGGGAAGAAAAAAGAACAAGGUGCAUCUGAAGUACUGAGUAAGCUGGAAGCUGUUGACAGAGGAUUGCAUUGUGAAGCACAAGCUUUUGCUUUGCUUAAGGAGAUAACUAUUUUUAAACAUUUAACUGUAGAUCAAAUAAGCAAGAUCUUUGUGGUUUUCACAAAGAACCUGCUUGUUUUGUAAACUUUAACACUCUACUGAUAUUUUAAAUGUAUAUUUCCUUCGUACGUUAUCUCUUUCUAUUUGUGAAGUUGUUAAUAUAUAACAUUUUGGGAACUAUGAUAGAAACAUAUCUAUCCAUAGAAUAUCUUUUUUUAAAUAUGCAAACUUUGUACCAUGAUAGAAUUUUAAUUUUAAUUAUUAAUUUACAGGUUCUUAUUAGAUAUAUAAUAGGUUUUUUCUUUUUUUCAUGCAAAUAUAAUAUAUACAAUAAAGGCUUUUAUUCAGACAUCUUCCCAAAGUGUAAUAUUUAUAUGGUUUAUAUGCAAACAAUUAACAGUAGUUUUAAAAUGUUGGGAUUGUUUCAUUCUAGCUGGGCUAGAACUUGCUAACUUAUUGUGUACAGUGGAACAUAGGCUCCUUUAGAAUUAUUUUGAUGAAAGAAAAAUUUAUGUGUUUUUCCUCCUCCAGCAUCCCAAUCCCCAGGGUUACAUAUAUAUCACACAUUAAGCUGUGUUAAUCUUUCUUGGAUUCUUUAUUACUGUUACAGUCGAUACUGCCAUUCAACAGUUUCUAAAUACUGAACACAAAUUAAGGGAUUUUAUAUUAUUUACUUUUAAUUGUCAGUGUUGACAAGUAUUUGUGUAAAUGUUAACAAAGAUGCAUGCUUUUUACAUGUCUUUAAUUUGGUCUCCCUUUACUUGGCAAGUCUUGAAUGAGUUGUAUCAACUUCAAAAAGCAACAAAGUUGAAACUUGCAUUUGUCAAAAAAUAAAGUCUUGAAGUUUGCUGAAAUGUUUUAUGUGUGGAUUUAAAAUUUAAAAGCAGUAAGGGCUUAUUACAAUUUCAUAACUGUGCAUAUGUUCAAAUAUAUUUGUUCUACCCUCAAAAAAUAAACUUGUCUGUGUACAAAGU